ACUUGUUUCUUAAUAAGUGGUUUUUAUGCUGGUUAUGCGGGAUAUUUAUUUUCAGGUUUCACUCAAGCAUUCCGGAUCUCUUUUUAUGUAUGCUGGGCAUGAAGGUGGAGCAUAUGCCAAGAAUAGCUUCGGGAAUAUCUAUACUGCUGUUGGUGUUUUUGUUCUUGGACGGAUGUUUCGUGAGACAUGGGGUACUCAAGCAAGCAAGAAGCAAGCAGAGUUCAAUGAGUUUCUUGAGCGCAGUCGCAUGUGCAUAUCAAUGGAGUUGGUCACAGCGGUUUUGGGGGACCACGGACAAC